UCGCUCUCGCUUUAACACGCACACCUUGUCACACUCCUCUACUGUUUGGACUUCAAACCCUCUCUUUUACUGAGAUGUUACAUGUACAUGUUGCCUGUGUCUAUUAAGAGCUCUUCUCGGCUGGCGUCUUCUUGUGUCACACCAUUUCUUUAGGAACGCAACAAGAAAACCAGAGCAAAACAGGUGGUCAAAUCCCAGUCUACCUAUUCAGGGAUGGAUGUGGGAAUGCUGGAGAUCCCAGCUGAUCUAUCAGCUCGAUUGCGUAGUGCAGCAGGGCGUCCACAGGGGUCAGGGGUCACAGAGGUAGCUCCACCUCAGGUCAAAGCUGAGCACCGCCUCGCCCUGCCUCCUGAUAUCGACAGCUAUCCAUUCUCACGAUAUGCCAACACAGUUCUCAAGGAUGGAUGGUGCCAGGCUCAGGGUCAGUCCCUCCAGAGACCCCUCACCUCUCUGGAGCCGGGGGAUGCCCGCAUAGCUCUGGAGAUAUACAAACUGAUUCUACGCUUCUGUGGAGACUCAGAGAUGACUGGAUGGCAGGAGCAGAUGUUGGGGAAUUACAUAGUGGAGAAAGGCCAAAGCAGACCUGCGCUCAGGGAUGAGAUCCUGGCUCAGCUCGCCUAUCACACAUGGGGUUGUGAGGGUGAGGAGGGCUCACUGAGGGGCUGGUUUCUCCUGGCCUCCUGUCUCAGUGCCUUCACACCAUCUCCUUCACAGGAUAAACCUCUGCUCAAGUAUGUGUCUGACCAGGGUCCAGGAGAAUAUCGUGCUCUGUGUCAGCAUAAGCUUCUCACAUCUCUCCAGCUGCCAUUUCCUGCCUGUAGACAACACCCCCCUACCCAGCUCGAAUGGACUGCCAAUCAGAGAAAGGGGAAGAUGGUUGUGGAGAUCAACACCUUCAAUGAGGAGAAGCUAACAGCUGAAGUGGAGUCCUGGACCACAGGAGAACAACUGGCAUCCUGGCUCCUGAGCUUUAGAGGGGUACCUGAGCUUCAGCGGGGCUGGUCCGUGUCUCUGCUAGCUGAAGAGGGCUGGUCUGAUCUAAACGGCUGUGACUAUGUGAUGGACCUGCUGGCUGGUGCUGAGGCUGAUGUUCCCUUGGGACGAACAUCUGCUCAAUCUGAUUAUCUUUUCAGUGACAUGGGGGACAGGAUGACGGCCUCUGAUUUGGAUGACUUCAUCCCUCCCGCCCCCUCCAUGCAGGCUCCUGGCCUCCCUCCUUCUGAAGCAGCUCAGUGGGACAAUUAUGGUCAAUAUGACUCAUCUCAGGGAUCCCGAGUACCUAAGCUGGAUUCCUAUGUGGAUGACCUUUUUGAUCCUGUGCUGGAUCAAGGACCUCCAGACUUUGAGCGAACAGCCAUGCUGAACCGCAGGAUGAGGGGAGGAGGAGGGAUGCACCCCAGCAUGUACAGUGGAGCAGGAGUUCCGAUGUCAAUGCCAGCUUAUAAUAUGGGAAUGCCCAUGAAUCCAGCCAUGCCAGCCUAUCCGGCUGCACCAAUGAUGCCAAACAUGAUGCCCGGAGUUGCCCAAAUGCCUAUGAUGCCAUCUAUGCCACCUAUGGUGAUGCCAGGUGCAAUGGGACAAUCCGCUAUGCCCACCAGUACUCCAGCCAUCAACCCCCAGCAGCUGGCUGAACAGCAGCAGGCUUUCAUCAACCAGCAAGCUUUACUCAUGGCCCAGCAGAUGACAUUGCAGGCAAUGACACUGUCCCAACAGCAGCAGCAGGAGCAGCUGCAAAAACAGCUCAAGAAACAGCAGCAGGAGCAGGAGCAGGAGCAACAACAGCAGAAGCGACAGCAGCAGCAGCAGCGGCAGCAGCGGCAGCAGCAGCCACAGCAGCCGCAGCAGCCGCAACGCCCUCAACCUCAGAGUUCAGAGAGCACCACCCCUCCAGAAGAGCCCAUCCGCACCACAGUGCCUAAACCCAACAAUCCACCUAUGCAGCGUAACAUCCCAGUGGUAGAGCAACCUGCAAAAGAAGACGACACUGCCACUGCCCAGAAGCCAGAAUCCUUUCAGGAGAAGAGAGCCUUCUUCCAGAAGAUUGGAACUCAGGAAGCUCCUUCAAAACCCCCUCCAAAGGUCGCUAAACCACUUAUCUAUGCCUCCCCACCAGCCGUACAGGCCAGAGCUCCAUCUCCAGUAAAGCCAGAAGUGAAACCACCUCCAGAACCCAGUAAACCACCAGAGUCCCCAAAACCGGAGCCUGAAUCUCCUCCAAUGUCACCUUCUAAACCAGAACCCAGCAGCAACAUUCGAGAUAUCAUCAGGCAGUACCAGAACCGGCCUACUCCAGAGCCCAAGGCCUUUGAGCCUGUUAGGAUUUCUGCCAAGCACUUUGUGAAAAAGAACGACCCUAAAGACGAGGCACUGGCCAUUCUCAGAGCAAAAGGACCAGUCUCUCCACCAAAGAAACAAUAUGUUGCUCCUCCACCACAAAAAAAAGAGCCGCUACUUCCUCCUCCUCCUCCUCCUCCUCCUCCAUCUCAGCGUGAAAAACCUGCUCCUCGCUCUAUCUCCAACAGCAUGAAACAGAAGCAGCGCUCUCUAGCCGACCUCUUUGGCUCACAGCGCUCUCAGGCCCCUCCCACUCCUCCUCCAGAACGCGCCCCUAUUCUUCCACCCAUUCCUCCUCCAGAACCCGCCCCUAUUCUCCCAAAUAACAUCCCUGACCCGCCCCCUAUGGCCGCACCUGGACUAAGUCAGCUUCAGAGAAUGGCCAAAGAGGAGAGUGUUCGCGCCCAGCUACACAAAUUUAUUGCUAGUGUCUACUUCUCCUACUCACGUAUGCCUGGGAAGCUCUUCUUGCGAAAAGAGUUGUUCUACCCCAGAGAGAAGUUCACUCACCCAUAUAUCCUCAAUUUACUGUGUGAGCAGAUUAUGAGAGACACCUACUCAGAUGCCUGUGUGCGAAUUUCACGUGAAGAGCGGCGCAAAAUGAAAGAUUUGCUCGCACGCUUCCAUGUCGGAACGAGCAUCAGCGCUGUGCCGGAUGACGCCAUGAAGAAGAGGGUUGUCAUGGCAGCCAGAGACAACUGGGCAAACUAUUUCACACGUCUCUUCCCUGUGAAUGGUGGAAAUGGAGGCGAUACUCAGAUUCUUGGUGUUUCACAUCGUGGCAUCAAAAUGCUGAGGAUAGUCAAGGCAUCAGGCAUCAACCCAAAACACCUCAAACUGCUCCGGAGUUACAGCUAUGCAGAAAUGUUGUCUGUGCAGCAGAAGGGUGCUGAGACAGUUUUAAUCAGCCUGAAAAGUGAGGAGCUGCAGCUACACUCUCCACAAGCCCCUCAGAUAACUCAUGUGGUGCGCCUCUUCCUCUUCGAGCUGACCAAGGGUUCAGAGUAUGUUAUUGCUCUGAAGAGCUAUGUGACAGAUGACAAGAGCCUGCUUAGCUUCCAGAAAGGUGACAUCAUCAAACUGCUGCAAAUGGAUGGCCUCCAGGAUGGAUGGAAGUUCGGCUCGACCGGAGGCCGAUCUGGUCUUUUCCCAGCUGAUAUCACUCAGCCUUCUGCACCUCCAGACUACCACAGCAUGUGCGUGGACCGACAGUUUGAGAGGAGAAAAAGCAUGAGGACCUCUCGUACCUCCAUGGCGGCCCCUGGUGGACGCUCGGCCCACAGCAGAGCAAGUGUGGAGUCAGUGACCAGUGAGCGCAGUGUUGAGGUGGGGUCAGUCCACAGCUCAGAGACAGACCCCCAAAGGUCCCACAUGACUGAGUUUGCCAGGAAGUACUUCAGAGAGGCUGUUCUGAGGACAAAUGAGAGAGGCCAACCCAAUGGACUUAGAGAGCUUGAGCAGAUGGUGCAAUACACAGCAGAGCCUAUCAAUGAGUCUCUAAUCCUGUUUUCAGACAACGAUCUCAGUGUUCUGGGUGUUCAGUCUUUUAUACAUGUGAUGCAGUUCAUGACUGAUCAGCCCUUAAGGAAGGACCAGACAGAAGCAAAGUGUGCCAAUUUUAUUAUACAGCUUGGGAAAGAGAACGAGUUCCUCCGGGAUGAGCUCUACUGCCAGAUCAUCAAACAGACCUCCAACAAUCCACACAAGGAGAGCUGUGCACGUGGCUGGCUUCUGCUAAACCUGAUCACUGGCUUCUUCCCCUGUUCCUCAACAUUACUGCCGUAUGUGAUGCGCCAUCUAAAGAACUGCAGUCAGGACUCCAACCACCCUUUCCAAGAGAAGUCUCAAAUGUGUGAGGAUAAUCUCAAACGUUCACUCACCUAUGGAGGACGCAGAUAUAUUCCUUCACAUCUGGAGAUGGAAGCCCUUUUGGCAGGUCGGAGCGCCCGGCGGUUGCCAAUCCUGCUCCCAGGUGAAGUGGAGUUCCCAUGCAAAGUCCGCAGCUUCAGUGUGGCGAUUGAGGUCGUGAGAGACAUAUGCACAGAGAUGGGUGUGAGUAAUCCAGCUGAGGUGAACGAAUUUUCCAUCCUUGCCACCCGUGGACAGGAUGGACAAGUGCGUCCCAUUCACCCAGAUGAGUAUGUGUUUGACUUCCUGCUGGAUGAUGGCUCAAUCUUGCUCACGUUCCAUCGUCUUGUCUGGAAAUAUCCCCUGCAUUUUGAGAAUGAUCUCUAUGUCGACUUUCAUUACCAUCUGAUCCUGAUUGAUUAUCUGAGUGGGAAAUUGCUCUUGCCUGGUAACAGCUCCACACUUCAGCAGCAGGUGGCAGAGUUGGCUGCACUUCAGCACCUCGCUCUGGGAUUCAAUCAACAGCCUACACCGCAAGAGCUCAAGCAGUAUUUUCCCCGUAUGGAUGGAAUCAGUGCCAAUGACCAAAAUCUGCACAGUGCUACACUGAGACAAUUUUCUCUCAUUGCAAAUGUCAAGUCUACUGAAGCUAAAAUACGCUUCAUCAAGACUCUCAGUUCACUGCAUCUCUUUGGCUCAAACAUAUUCAUGGCUCAGAAAGUCAGCCACAAAGGCUGUCCAUCACCCUGUGUGGUGGCAGUCAACCAUGAAAGCAUCAACAUUCUUCACCCCCAAACACAGAUGUCAGCCUUAACAAUUCCAGUGGAGGAGGUGCAGUCCUUGCGCUCUAUCAGUCCCAAGAAGGAAAAAGUGCCAGUCGUAGAGAUCAACUUUGGCAACCCAGCUCAUGUUAACACCAUCACUAUUUAUCUGAAACAGGCAAGGGAGCUUUGCCACAUCAUUGCUAUAAUCAUGGAGCUAAUGAGACCACCUUCCAGGAACCGCACAUGAACAUUUUAGUAAGCACUACACCAUUCAGCAAAUGGUCUACACAC